GGCGGCGGAGGAGGAGGGCGGGCGGCGGUGGGUGCGCGGCUACUGAAGCCAUCAGCGCAGUGCUGCGGCCGAAGGCCGGGCUUCGAGCUCCCUCCCCCGCCCGAGCCCCGUCCCGGGGACGUCAUGGGAGGGAGGUAUAAAAUUUCAGCGGCGAGGCCGAGGGAGAGGCAGUGUGCGCGGGAGGGGCAGUGCAGCGCGGUGCGGUGCGCCGCCGGGGCACGGCGGGCGGCCCGGCGGCGCUGCUCGCGGCUGUGCGGGGAGCGCCGCGGUGCCGCGCUCCCGGCCGCGGGGGGUCAGGCACCGGGCGAUGUAGGACGCGGGGCCCGGCGGGGGCAUGAAUGGUGCAGCGAGAAGGGCGGGCGCGGCGCUCCCCCCGCGGCGGCGGGGCGGCGCGGGCCGCUGACACGUGCGGCGGCGCGGCGCGGCGGGGCGCCCCCGGCUCCGCGGGACGCGGGGCGGCGCAUGGGGAAGGAGCCCGGCGCGGCGAGGCACAGCGCCUGCCGCUUCUCCUUGCGGAGCGCUGCCAGCUCUUCCUGGAAGUCCUGAGUCGCGCACGGCGCAGUGAGUUCAUGCACCUCCUCGCCAAACCUCAGCCUGCGGGAUCUGGGGAGGCUGCCGCCAGCACACCGCCCGGUCCCCCGCGCCCGGUCGCCGCCGCCCGGGGGCCGCUCCCGCGGGCCCCCGCGGCCGCCCCCUCGCACAUGAAGAUGUACGUGCAAAGGGCUCUGGUGCUGCUCUGCCUCCUGAGCUUUGCCACUGUGAGCCUCUCGCUGUCCUCCUGCACCACCUUGGAUCUGGACCACAUCAAGAAAAAGCGGGUGGAAGCCAUCCGGGGCCAGAUCCUGAGCAAGCUGCGGCUUACCAGUCCCCCGGAGACCGUGGGGCCGGCCCAUGUACCCUACCAGAUCCUGGCCCUCUAUAACAGCACCCGGGAGCUGCUGGAGGAGAUGGAGGAGGAGAAGGAGGAGAGCUGCUCGCAGGACAACACCGAGUCCGAAUACUAUGCCAAAGAGAUCCAUAAAUUUGACAUGAUCCAGGGCCUCCCCGAGCACAAUGAGUUGGGCAUUUGUCCAAAAGGUGUCACCUCCAACGUGUUCCGCUUUAAUGUGUCCUCGGCAGAGAAGAACAGCACCAACUUAUUCCGGGCCGAGUUUCGGGUGCUGCGUGUGCCAAACCCGAGCUCCAAACGCAGCGAGCAGCGCAUUGAGCUUUUCCAGAUCCUUCGGCCGGAUGAGCACAUAGCAAAGCAGCGCUACCUCAGUGGCAGAAAUGUGCAGACACGGGGCUCCCCUGAGUGGCUAUCCUUCGAUGUCACCGAGACUGUGCGUGAGUGGCUUCUGCACAGAGAGUCCAACCUUGGCCUGGAAAUCAGCAUACACUGUCCUUGCCACACUUUUCAGCCCAAUGGGGACAUCUUGGAGAAUUUGCACGAAGUCUUGGAGAUCAAGUUCAAAGGCAUUGACAGUGAGGACGACUAUGGCCGUGGGGACUUGGGGCGCCUGAAGAAGCAGAAAGACUUGCAUAAUCCCCACCUCAUCUUGAUGAUGUUACCCCCACAUCGGCUGGAGGGCCCAGGAUUGGGAGGCCAGAGAAAGAAACGGGCCCUGGAUACCAACUACUGUUUCCGGAACCUGGAGGAGAACUGCUGCGUGCGUCCUCUGUACAUCGACUUCCGACAGGACCUUGGCUGGAAAUGGGUCCACGAGCCUAAGGGCUACUUUGCUAACUUUUGUUCGGGCCCUUGUCCGUAUCUCCGCAGCGCAGAUACCACUCACAGCACGGUGCUGGGCUUAUACAACACGCUGAACCCUGAGGCAUCCGCUUCGCCUUGCUGUGUUCCCCAGGACCUGGAGCCGCUCACUAUCUUGUACUAUGUCGGGAGGACCCCCAAAGUGGAGCAGCUCUCCAACAUGGUGGUGAAAUCCUGCAAGUGCAGCUGAAAGGCACCCUGGCCCGCCCAAAGCCAAGAGAGAAACUGUCAGCACCCACUCUCCUGCUCCCAGGCUAACACAAAAGGAACUGGGGGUCAGAGACUAUGCAUGCUGAGGGCUGAGUGCCAAACCCUGUGGCUUAGGGUCUGGCAGCCCCUAGGGACCUCUUCUGGAACAUUUCUUGGUCUUGUUGGCGAUGUCAUGUUCCUUCUGGGAAUUACUUUGGUGACAGAAAGGCCACAGUCUCCAAAGUGGCUGGACAGCUGGUGCAGAAGAGGAGGAUUUGAGUGCUGGGUGGUUGAGCAGGGAAAGCACGGGAAUGAGAAAGAGCAGGUGCAAGGGGGAAUGGAAAUGGGGAUAUGUGUUCUGUUCUAGCUUUAGUGAUAUUAGGACCUCAGCCCUCCCCACUGGCCUGAAGAUUUAAAGGUUUCCCCUGUAGGAGGAAACCCUGAACGUUUCUUCAGAGAAAGAAAAUGCACCAAGAAGGGAAGCUGCUGAGAGAAAAAUGCUCAGAAAUAACACUUAGACUUUUGUUCCUCAGAGCUGUGAUCCAGGAGUCCUGCAACUGAAACUCUGUGUCUGCCAAACUUGUAAGUUCAGUUGGCAGAUCCUGGCUAUUGGUUUCUAAAUGCAGACUGUAGCUCCCAGCCAGCCUGCUGAGGGUGGGCAAACACAAAGAAAGAGGGUGCUGAGACCAUUUUCAGAGGGACUGAAGCCUCCAUUCAGCUCUUUUCCCCUUCCUGGAGUUUCUGAGAGAUGGUUUCUGGGUCAGGGCAGGAGCAAUGUCUGUGGGUACCUGAAUAUUGGGCCUGAGGACUGUUACACCCCUUGUCUGUUGUGAUUUGUGAGGUGCUUUGGAGUGUUCUGCACAAUGACCUGAACACGGCCCAGGCCUCACCUGCCAAGACUUAAAAAAUAGUAAUCUCAAAAACAUUGUAAAAAAUAAAUAUUGGGGGGGAGGGGAAGAUGCUCUUUUUUUCACAAGCAAGUUGUUUGUUGGAGGGUUAGAUGGUUUGCUGUAUUUAAACUGCUACUGCUGUGGCAUACUCAGUCUAAAAAUCUUUCCCCUUUCCAAAAUGUCUCUUCAAAGGAACAGACAGUAUUUAGGUCAGCCAGAGAGACACGGAAUGGAAAUUCCUUGGUACCCUCAAACUGUGCCUGGUGUCUAUGUGCCCUGUGCUGCCCUAGUCCUUUAGACAUGUACAUCACCUCUGGCAUCUGCUUUUGAGAGAUUCAUAUAAAGCUCCCUUCAAAUGUAAACCACUUCCAACAAUACUGUUUAAAAACCAAGGCAGUGCAGCUGCCACAGCUGACAAAUGUCUUGUGUCCAUUUGCAUAUAUGUAGUCUGCCACUACAGACUUGUACACACAGGUAAAAAACAUGCCCCUCCUGAUUUACCAUGAACAUUGGAGACGCUCAUAAAAAGCUUAGAGAUGUUGCCCAGGCAAGAAAUCAACGCACUGUUCUAAAAAGUAUGGGCUUUUUCAGCCAUAGGUACUCCCAAAGGUAAAAGUCCUCAGUGCUUGCAUGCCACAUGAGACUCAGAAGGUUGCCUCUUAAGACUGUCCAAACCAUGACUACUUAAAGUCAUGUUCUAGAGACCACAGAGGUUCCUCCUGGUCCCCUCCCAAUUCCUGGUCCUCAUCGCCUGUGGCCAGGGCUCUCCAUGGUCAGCUCAAAAUUCAGCUCUUCCAUCAAGCCCCUCACAACAGUGGCCGCUUCCGUAUACCUGACAUCAGGCUGCCAUAUCAUGUAAUCUCAAACAUCUCAAUAAACUGUAAACAACC